AUGGAUGCAAUAUCGUGUGAGGACCUUGAACCCAAGCAUAACACUACUCUCCAAGCAUUCCCACCAUCACGGAAAGAUAGCCAUUGGCCAAGGCCCAAUAAAAAAGAAGCGGUUUCACGUUGCAUCCCUGGAAUCUCAUCCAACGGUUGGGAGUUAAUGCCAACGAGGUCGGCACAGCCAAGCUUCUCAGGGAGCCAGUUCAGGAUGAGUAACUCAGGCUGCAAUGGUUCCCAUUACAUCCCUGAAGAAAUCUUGAUCAACAUACUAUCAAGACUACCGUUAUGGAGUUCUUUGAUUCGAAGCUCGAGGUUUAUUGGAAUGCAUCUUAAUAGGAAUGUCACAAACCAUACUCGUGCUUUUAUAAUUGCCCUCCACGAAAGUAGACGCAAACCCAAAUUUUGCUACACCCUUUUCUCUAAUGAAACAUUUGAGCCGUGCUUGAAGAUCAAGCAUCCCUCAACGUGGCCCAAAAUUAUAGGGCCUAAAAUUGAGAUACAUGGUUCAAGUAAUGGCUUAGUUUGUCUGUCAUAUGAACUGGGGAAUUUGGAUACUGCUAUAUACCUAUGCAACCUAUCAAUUCAGAAACAUGUGGUCCUUCCUCCCACCAGCAUUUUGUGCUUACCCUGUCCUGAAUAUGUCAAUUAUGCAUUCGGAUUCCACCCUGGGCUUAACGACUACAAGGUGGUAAGGUUGCUCAUGUUUUCUGAGGGGAAUCACUGCAUUGAAGUGGAGGUUUAUAGUUUGAGCACAAACUCUUGGAAGAGGAUUGAUGCAAUUCCUGCUUCCAUAAAGACCAUGGUUUUGCACUAUGAUCAAUGUGCAUUUUUUAAUGGAGUAGCAUAUUUUAUUAUGAAGAAAGAGGAUGCUACUUAUUGUUUCGUGUCGUUUGAUACCGACAGUGAGGUGUUUGAAGAGUUUCUUUUACCAGAUGCUGUUGUCGAUGGAAUUGAAUCCAUGCUUGAUAAUUGCAAGGAAUUAAUUGCGGAGUACAAGGGAUCAAUUUGCCUGUUGCAGUCCAAUCUAGAUUUCAGAGCUGGUAAUGACUACAUUGACAUGUGGGUUCUCCAAGAAAAGUCUUUCAAGAAGUUGCUGACUGUUUACCUUCCUGGAAAGAGGAGCUUUUACCCUUUGGCCAUUAGAAUGAGCAACGAACUCCUUGUGGGAUAUCCUUGUGGUAGCUAUUUGUGUUCUUAUAAUCUUGAAACCAAGCAGGUUACAGAAACUGGAAUUAAGUUGGCUGUGGAUCGCUAUAACGACUAUCAUGCGCAUACUUAUGUCGAAAGUUUAGUAUUGCUCAGGGAGUAG